AUGAAGGCUUUUUACUUUUUCUUACUGAUUGUGAUCACUCUCAUGACUCUCAUUGACGCAAUGCCUCUUGGCAAGUAUUUCGGUAGGAAGAAAGCAGUACCCGCAAAAUCGGCAGCAUCCAGUUCGGCAGGAAGUAAACAUUUCACUCAGAGCGAACCAAAUAUUGCACCGCAUCCUCCUGCAGACAAAGUGGUUCAACACGUUGAAAUGACGUUGGAGAAUAAGAAAAAGUAUAGUAAAUCAAUUCAAAAUAAGAAAACAGAGGCUGUUGCAGCAGAAAAUAAGGCAUGGGGUAAGGAUCCACAAGCUGUGAUAAAUGCUCAAAGAGAUCAACACUAUGCAAAGCAUAAUGAAGGCCAAGUUAUUCAAGCUAAAACUAAUGGUAAAAUGGCAAUCACACGAUCCGAAUCUGGCCGAAAUGAUGUCUAUCAUGCUGUUCAUUGA